ACCCUUUGAAUUGUCUUACCAGGAUAUUGAGAAGGCGGGCAGCAGUACACUGGACAGGACAGUGGAUGGGGUUGUUAGCAGGAUAAGAGGUGCAACUGCAUCAACAAUUGAUGAAGUGAAAAGGACAAUUAAUGCGGACACAUUACUGACUGAUGCUGAACGUCUAGGAAGAGAUGCCUCAGCUGUUUUAGCGGAUUUGAAUAACGUUUCUGCUACACUGGUGGUUAUAAAUGACCUUAACCAGCAGAUAGCUACUACAUUGAACAGUGUUAAGACCAGUAUCAAUAAAACCUGCGAUGACAACUCCAUCCCAUCUAGUUUGUGCCCAAGUAUUGAUGUAGGUACUGGAACAGACUUCACUGCAGUUCAAGAUUUAGCCAGUGAAGCAAGCAAUAUGCAAGGAGCGCAAGGAAUUAUCAAUGAGACCCAAACGGCCAGAGCAGAAUUUGACGAACUUCAGAAAAAUUUGACUGGAGACAUAAACAAUCAAAUCGACAAUGCUGUUAAUCAGUCUAAGGAAAUAACCCAGCAGGUUUCUGGCCAGCUGAAUAAGGUCAAUGAAACUGUACAACCGUUUGUUGACUCCAUAAACAGCAAUGUAGAACCACAGCUGAAGGACCUUGAUGAAUAUCUGAAGAAAUAUGGUGAUUACUGGUGGUAUGCGUGCAUAGCCAUUCCGUGUGUGGUGAUCUUGGCAGUCGUCUUCUACUACAUGGGUAUCAUGUUUGGCACAUUUGGGGAUCGUCCAGGUGAUGGAGCACAGUGCUGUAACAAAGGAGCUGCCAGUAACUUACUUGUAUGUGGUGUUGUAUGGUCCUUCCUGUUUGCCUCCAUCCUGAUGUUUGUCGUACUGAUACUGUUUCUGGUGGGAGGGAGUAUGUACGGCAUCAUGUGUCGUGAAAUCAACAUGGGCGUGGAAAAUAUCCAGCUUUAUGAACCAUUGGUGGAUGAGAUACUUAAUGUUCGGAUCAGCAAGCUGCUGUAUGGAGACAAUGCCCCAGCUAACCUCACUCUUGGAAGCAUCCUCAGUGACUGUAAGGAGGAUAAGGCACUAUACACAGCUGUCAGACUGAAGCACUUGUUUGAUUUGGACAGCUUACUCAACCCCACAGUAAGUCUGAACACAAUAAGGCACUGUACACGGCUGUCAGACUGA